UGACCUGCCGCCGUGCUCCAUUCACCCGGGCUGCCUCAGGGGUGGAGGUGGCAAGGGAGGGGGGCGCCCAUUGUUGCGCCGGGUACUUAAGGGGUCCUGAGGCCAGUCGUGUGCCACACUCGGUGCUCACACGAGCUGAUCUGAUCGCCGGCAACAUCACUCGGGAGACCAGCCCGGCGCGUGGCCCCUGCAGGCGAGGCGAGGAGGCAAAGCCAAGUUCCCCUUGCGCUCCUGCGCCUUUCCAGGCCCUCGCGCCCGCAGCGGGCACAAAGUAAGCCCGGGCCGUUCGGAACGUAAGUGCCUCCUCAGCCCCAGCGGCCCUGCCUCAGCCAGGCUCCUGCCAUCUAGUCGUCGUCCGAUCGAUCCUGCACAAAACGAUGCCAGCCCCCCUGGAGAUCUGUCUCUCCGACCUCGACUGCGCCAGCAGCAGCGACCUGUCCGGCUUCCUCACCGACGAGGAGGACUGUGCCCGGCUCCAACCUGCAGCCUCCGCCUCGGGGUCGCCCGCGCCGGCCCGCAGGGGCUCCCCGGGGAUGCCCGCGGCGUCCGACGUUCCAGGAGCGCAGGACGAGGAGCAGGAGCGACGACGUCGCCGGGGCCGUGCGCGAGUGCGCUCGGAGGCGCUGCUGCACUCUCUGCGCAGGAGCCGGCGCGUCAAGGCCAAUGAUCGCGAGCGCAACCGAAUGCACAACCUGAACGCGGCGCUGGACGCGCUGCGCAGCGUGCUGCCCUCCUUCCCCGACGACACCAAGCUCACCAAGAUCGAGACACUGCGCUUCGCCUACAACUACAUCUGGGCGCUGGCCGAGACACUGCGCCUGGCCGAUCAAGGGCUGCCCGGGGGCGGUGCCCGGGAGCUGCUCCUGCCUCCGCAGUGCGCCCCCUGCCUGCCCCGGCCCACGAGCCCCUCCAGCGACGCUGAGUCCUGGGGCUCAGGUGCUGCCGCCUCCCCCUGCGCCGCGGCCUCCUCACCUCUUUCUGACCCCAGUAGUCCUGCUGCCUCCGAAGACUUCCCCUAUGGCCCUGGCGACCCCCUUUUCUCCUUCCCUGGCCUGCCCAAAGACUUGCUCCACACGACACCGUGUUUCAUCCCUUACCACUAGGCCCUUUUCAGACACCGUUACCUUCCUCUUCCCUCGGUCAACGGGCAAUAGAUGGGGACCCCGCUGCGGCUUCAGGACCCCCACUCCAAGCGGAGGGAGGAAGCGGGAGCUUUAAAACGAUUGGGGAAUACCUGAGCCGCUUAUUAGGUCGCUGCACCCUCGUUGAGGCAGCCCCUUGGUCUGUUUCUCCAGCCUUCAGCCCCGGGCCCCUCCUGCCCGCCCUCAGACGGCCUUUCCUUUUGCACUUUUUAAACUCCACAAAAACCUCCUUUGUGGCUGGCUCAGAACUGACCCCAGCCACCACUUCAGUGUGAUUUGGAAAAGGGACAGAUGAGCCCCUGAAGACGAGGUGAAAAGUCAAUUUUACAAUUUGUAGAACUCUAAUGAAGAAAAACGAGCAUGAAAAUUCGGUUUGAGCCGGCUGACAAUACAAUGAAAAGGCUUAAAAAGGAGACACAAGGAGUGGGCUUCAUGCAUUAUGGAUCCUGACCCCCACCACUGCGGUCUCGCUCUAGGAAGAACCCAAGGGCUUGCGUAGCUAUUCAGGCACUGGGCUGGAGGGUACUUUAAUUUAUUCAAGAUACUUCAUUCAUAUGAAAAUGUAUUUUUGUAUAUAAAGAGUUUAUUCUAUUAUUAUGAGCUAUCGAAGUUUACAUUUUUGUACUGCAGAUGCUUCAUGUAAAUAAAAACUAAAAAAAAAUAAGUCACCAAGUUUCUUGCUUAAUCUCAAUGUCUCUGGGGCUUUUUCUUCCCUUCCUCCCGUAGCUGAACCACUGAAGUGAAACACUAUCCCCAUCCACCUCCAAACCUUCCAAUCCUUUUUCAAAAACAAUUAAAAAAUUAAAUGCACCUGAUUUCCACCAAGAAUCAGAUUAAAGACAGGCCAGGGUGUUUGGGAUCCAUCGUUUCCUUUCACAUUGUAAACACAAGGGAGAUCUUUGAGGUGCCCCGUAAGCCAAUUAAGACUUUUUAGUGGGGAAUUA